GAAGAGUUGAUGGAGAAGUUACAUACAAAAUUGGAUAUUCUGCGGAAAGAAAAAUCGGCUUUGGAACAGGAAAUCGGCGAGAAUGAUCAACUUGGAGAAAAGGUAGAGAUUGUGGAGUCACAAUGUGAACAGAAGUCCGAACAAGAUAAAUAUAAACAUUUCAUCCAGGAUCAGGAGAAGAUUGUCCGUCUGCUACUCAAUCUGGCUGGUCAGUUAGCUCGAGCUGAAAACGCUGUUCAAAGUCUCAAUAAUUCUACUAGUCCAAAUAUUAAGAAACUGACGCUGGAGAAGCGAGAAAGAUUACAAGAGAAGCAUGAAGACGCCAAAGUUUUGAAAGAAAAUAUCGAUAAGCGAAGCCAACAAGUUUUAUCAAUGUUGGAAUCACGUCUGACGGAAGCGGAGCUAGAGGACUAUAAUUAUUAUAUUAAAAUGAAAUCCAAAUUAACCAUAGACUAUCAGGAAUUAGAGGAUAGAAUUAAACUGGGCGAGGAACAAAUUCUAGAAUUAAAGAAAAGUAUACCAGACUCCAAAUGUUAAAGGAAAUAUUGUCUGAUUUAUUCAAUGGUAUUUUCAUCACGGAAAUAUUGUGAAUUAAUACAGCCAAUCGGAAUGAUUCAAUUUGUUGUCCUUUAAAACUGUUCAAGUAGAUUGUUUUCAUGUAAAAACUAACAGAAUAAUGUCAAGAGAGGCAAUAAUGUUAUGACAUUUUAGAAAUAUAUUAAAAUUCACUCUCUACCCAAUCCAAGGCUGAGUUCUAUGUGGACAAAAUGUGAGAUUGUGAUGCAGGUGGCAUUAAAAUACAUGAAAAUACUUUAAAAUACAUGUAAACAAACUGAACAAUGUUCAUCAAGACAAAAUUCAUCUC